AUGUCGACCACGACGAUUGCGGACAAGAUCGAGGCUUUCGCCCGGGAACCUACCGAGCGCGUUUUCUGCUCCUUGGUGCUGGAGGAUGCCUCCGUUCAAGACAUCACUUAUAGUCAUUUUCUGAACAUCAUCAACAAAGCGGCAACCUGGCUGGACGAAAGCCUGCCACGUCCUACUUCGGCGUCGGACUUUCCAACCUUUUCAUAUGUAGGCGACCUGAAUUUGCGGCGCUUGGCGCUCGUGGUUGCUGGCGCCAAAACAGGCCGCAAGAUUCUCAUGGUCCGCCGGUAUGCCCUGCGAGAUACGAUCGCGCACCUGAUCACUGAGACCAAGUGUACAACUUUCUGUAUGAGCCUUCCGAUAGUGACGCUAUGGAAUCCCAGAUCAGCUGAGCCGAGAGAGCGAAGCCCGGACGACCCUGUCUGUAUCUUUCACACGUCAGGCAGCACGGGUAACCCCAAGCCGAUUGUGUGGACUGAGCGCCGGAUAUCCUGUUACACUUCCGUGGAGUAUUUACGUGACGUGUUCAAGUCUCAAGGAGCCAGAAUGGUCUCCACAUUUCCACUGAUUCAUGUGGGCGGUACGAUGACUGCGUUAUUCUGGCCUCUGUAUCUCGGUAGCGUAGCGACUCUGCUGGAGACAGGAGUUCCGAGCAGUCCAGACGAUGUCUUUAGGAUGUUGCAGCUAUCCAGAGCGACUCUACUCGCAGCACAGCCGUCGUUGCUCACCAGCAUAGCGAGUUCAGUCGAUAUGGUCUCGAGGAUAAAUGGACUUUCCCGUAUUUUGACCGGCUCCGCUCCCUUGAGCACUGCUGUGAUAGAUCGACUGCAAGAGGGCAAUGGCCCAACUAUACUCAACCUUUAUGGGUCCACCGAAACACUUCCUCUUUGCCAGAGAUUCGAUGAUCAAGAUGAUUGGCCGUACAUCUCAUUCAAGGAGGACUCGGGAGUUUCAUUUCGGCGCGAGACGGAUGAUCUCUACGAAUUGAUCCUGAAGAAGACUGCAAGCGAGCAGGUGUUGAGCGUAUUCUGCUCCUUGCCAGAGCUAGACACAUUCGAGUCCAAGGAUCUAUUUUCACCCCAUCCACAGAAAUCGGGGCUUUGGCGAUUUGUCUGUCGCAAGGAUGACCUGGUAUCGCUCGCUGGCGGACAGGGGAUCAAUGUUGGCGACAUGGAGAUGAGAAUCCAGGAGUCUCCCUUAGUCGAUACCGCUAUCAUAGGGAUGGACGGCCGCCCAGCCACCAUGCUCCUCGUCGUACCUGAGCAGCAGCCCGUGAAUGAUCAGGAGCGCGCUUCUGUUCAAGACGCUAUCUGGCCGUUUGUGGAAAGGGCCAAUGAGCAUGCUCACCCGUAUGCUGCAGUUCAGAAGAACAUGGUCCUUGUUCUCCAAACAAGAGAGAAGCUCUCAGCUACUACAGAUAAGGGAUCGUUGAAGAGGCAGUCCGUAAUCGAGCAGUACAAGGCUGAUAUCGAUCGUGUCUACUCUGCGGCCAGGUCUAGUUCUUGA